AUGCAUCUCCAUCAAGCAACUAAUCGGGUCAAAUAUCGGCAACACAAGCCCAAAUUAUUUAUCGAGAAGAGUUCUACUGAUCUUAAACCAGAAAUCGAUAGCGGCACCACAAACAAAGCCAACCGAGCAAGCAUUAGUGCCAAAGUGACGACAAAUGAUGGAGGAGAAGACAAAAAUGCCACAACAACGACCGCUACGACGAUGACAUCAAAUGUACAAAUGAAAAAUGACAUGACACUUGAAGAAUCGCUGGGCGAAUUUUUACACGUUUUAAAAAAGUAUAACAACACGAAUUUAUCUACAGAGCAAGGUCUGAAAGCUUUAUUCUCUUUACUAAAACGUGUAACUAAUCUAGAGGAUUUAAAGACAUUGAUAAAUUACGAAAAGGAUCUAAAAACAAGCAUCGAUCGAAAAAGCUUUUUGGACAAAUAUCGUUUAAAAAUUGGAAACGAAGAAGAUCUUGGUCAGCGGUACGUUCUUGCACCGAAUUUAUUACAACUCAUUUGCUGUCUUUGGGAUCAAUAUGAACCAUUGCCAAUGAAAGAUCACUGCUAUUUGUUUCUCUCCCAUCGGCCAAAUGAAAGGCAAGUUAUAGAAAAGAACAAAAUGUAUCAACGAAUGAUUAAAAAGUACAAAGUCCAAUUUCGUGAACGCAUUACUAUGGCUGUAGAAAAACGAGCUCAGGCUGAAGAAGGCGAAACGGAAGAAGUAGUCAUUCGAGAAAAAGAAAAGGGAGUUGAUACUCAUAUAGCUAUUGAAAUAGCAAACGUUAUUUCCGGUGCCGCUAAGACUUUUGGUACGGAAGAAGCUAGUGAGGACGGACAAAAAAGAGUCGAUACUGAGGCAAAAGACGCAGACACUCAUAUUGUUUUAGUCUCGAGUGAUGCAGAUUUUACACCUGUUGUUGAAAAAGCUAUCGAGAAUAAUGUAUCUAUCGAUAUUUGGUGUUGGGAAGGGUCGACGUCAGCGGUCUAUCGAAAAUUUUUGAAAGGGCAAAACUCAAAAGUCCGGUGUUUUUACUUAGACCGCUAUUUGUAUCAGAUAGGGUUUGUUCCCGGACUUAUGUUCAAAUACCAAAUUUUGUUUGGUGAAACUGUUGAAAAGAAAAAUACAGAAAGGUCGUCCGCUAUAUUUUUACAAUUGGAUGGGGAAGCUCGUUUUGAACCGAAUUAA